AUGGCCAUUGACGUCGACUUUGCCAACGGCGCCGUCGAUACCUUUAUCGAAGCCGGCUCGCCGACCUACGGCCGCGACGGCGUCAGCUUCACCGUCGCCGCCUCGGGUCAGGCCCCGCAGCUCAUGUCGCUCUUCUACAUCAUGUUCGGCCGCGUCGAGAUCACACUCAAGGCGGCCCCCGGCGCCGGCAUCGUCUCCUCUCUCGUCCUCCAGUCCGAUACGCUCGACGAGAUCGACUUUGAGUGGCUCGGCGCCGACCCGCACGAGGUCCAGACCAACUACUUCGGCAAGGGCCAGGUCACCAUAGCGGACAGCCUGAACGCCCUGGAAUUCGAGAACCCAUAG